UUUUCUGUGAUUCAUCUAUAUGUAGCCUAUAAGAGACAUACCUUUAUAAAACUUUGUCCUUCCUAAUAGCAAUUUUCAACAAAACAGCUGGUGACUAACCAAUUAGCGGUGUCUUUAUGCAAAAACAAUUUUUUAAGUUUUGCUGUGUUUAAAAUCAAUAUAAAAUCAAAAAAGAUGGAUUUUGUUGAAAACUCAUCAACAUGUUUCAAUCAAACUGGAGAAUUCGAAACUAUGGUCUUCACAAAUCCAAUUCUUUACUGGAUCACUGGAAUCGGGGUUUUAGGUGUGAUGGUUCUUAUUAGUGUUACUUUUUACUUUUCCUGGCGUAUUUGCAAAAAACGUAGGCAACGAGAAAGAACAACUUCAAAUGUCUACAGAAAUUCAACUGUCAUUCGUUCUAUUCCAUUUUCUGCGGUCGAAAAUGGAGGAAUCCUAACCAAGCACAGUACAACUAAUCAGAGACCAGACGAUUGCAAUGAAAACUGUGAAAUCGGAUCCGAGAGAGUUGAAGUUCUAGAAAAUAUUCUAAACUCCAAUUCUGUAUGAAGUCAAGAAUUGGUUUCUGAAAGUCAAUAUCCAAAAAUAGUAUCAUUUUCCCGUUCUUAUCACAUGAUUUGCAAAUUAAUAAAGUUACUACGAUGACAUUUUUUAAAU